AUGCUGACUGACCUGCUGGACGAUCUCCCAAUGCAGAAUAACCCAGUCCUAAUCAUGGGAGACAUCAAUAUCGACUCUUUGAAAGAACAUAAUGAAAAAACUAGAUUCAAUGAAUUCCUUGCCUCCUAUAAUCUGCGCAGACUUAUACUCCCUGCAACAAGGGUUACACAUAAUACUGCAUCCUCAAUAGACUGUGUUUGUACAAACAUAGCACAACAUAACAUCGACGUAGAGGUUGUGCACACAGGCCUCUCAGACCACACUGGACAAUACUGCAGCAUAGGAAUACCAACACGGGCAAUAAAGACACUGACCUCCAGUCGCAGACAUCUCAAUAACAGAAAUCUUGAACACCUCAAGCAGUACCUGUCAACCCAGGACUGGGAAAGUGUGAUCUCAGUGAACAGUGUGGAAGAAACCUAUAACAAUUUCUCCAAUAUCAUAGCUUCUGCACUAAACACAGCAUGUCCAUACAAAAGAACACGAACAAGGCACAGCACUAAAGGAAGAGUAAUAAAUGACACCGAAGCUAUGGUCAUGAGACAAACCUUCCAAAGUGCAUGGCAAAAAUACAAUCAGUCUGGCAGAGAUGAGGACAAGAGAGAUGCUGUAGAAAAGAAAAAGAUCUAUGACCUGAAGCUCAGAGCCCUUCGACGCCUGGCUAGUGAAGAGCACAUACAACUAGCGAACAACAAGAGCAAGGCUUUGUGGGACAUUAUAAAUGGUGAAAGAAGACCAAAGGGUCUACAGGCGUCAAAUAUGCAACUACGAAUCAGAGGGAAAUUGGUAAAUUACCCCAAAGCAAUUGCUGACCACAUGAACUCAUACUUCGUGAACAUCGCUAAUGAGACCCUUAAGCAAAAAAAUGUGGUAUCUCAACUGCCUUCAGACGGGAAUGAUGUUCUGAGCCUUCAAACUAUGUCGCUACAGCCAACUACUCUCAAAGAGGUCCAGAAGAUUAUUGACUCUCUAAAACCCAAAACAUCGGCAGGAAAUGAUGAAGUAUCAGCCAAGCUUCUGAAAUAUUGCAAAAAUGAACUUUCUCCUAUUCUUGUCCACAUAAUAAACAAAUCUUUCUCCCAAGGAAUCUUCCCAUCAGCUCUAAAAAGCGCCAAGGUAUAUGCUAAACACAAGAAGGGAGAUAAGACAGAGACCUCAAACUAUAGACCAAUCUCAUUGCUGUCAACCUUCUCUAAAGUAAUCGAGAGGGUUGCUCUUGCCAGACUGUUAGGACAUCUCAAGUGGAACGGACUACUGACAGACAGACAGCAUGGUUUUACUGGCGGAAGGUCUACCAUAACAGCACUUAUUGACCUGAUUGAACAUAUUAUAGACCACCUAGAAGAUGGGGAACUGUUGUUGGCGUACUGCUUGAUUAUAGCAAAGCAUUCGACUGCCUGA